AUGUUCAGACUCCUGCCCCUUUCGCGGAAGGAAGAGAGGGAUCCGUUCCAAUUGGUGCCAAUCUUUGGGUUGCCUGUCCGAUUGGCCGACUGGGCAUAUCCCAACAACUGGUCCUGGCUGUCUCCUAACUUGGCUGAGAUCUUCAAACGUGCCGAACAAGGUGGCCUGGUUUGGAGCAGCACCUGCACUUGGGUGGGGCAUGCCGAUGUCUUCAGCAGACCUCAAGUGUCCUUUUUCAAUUUGAUUCGAUUGGAGGAUGAUUUGGAGGAGCAUGGUUAUCAGAUCUUCACCCUUCCAAUCUUGGCAUUACAUUGUCAGCUGGCCGAUGCCUUCCCUAGUCCAGUGAAAGAAGCCGUGGCCUGUACUGCCAAGUUGCGCUUGGCGCGCAUGGCUGCGGAAUGCCGCUUGCGGAGUGCCUUUUCCACCUUGCGAGAGGAAGUGGUCAAGGAGCUUCAAAGCAUUCCGGAGACCUUCGAGUCCUUCAAGGAGGAGUUGGAGUCGGUCAGGAGCAAGCGGGCUGGGCGAAAGGGUGCAGAUGACGUGGAUCCUGCCUGGAUGAGCGUGGAAGGAAACACUGGACCACGGAAAGUCGCGAGUCCUUGGCAGAUUGGGGACCUGUAUGCCUAUCAAGUUUGGGCCGAGCUCAGCAAGGAGUGUUUGCUCCACGCAGAGCUUUGGAUGGCCUGCACCUUGACCAAAGAGGCGGAGCGCCAUGCCAAGGUCCAUGGAGAUGGCCGUACGCUGAGGGACUUGGCAUUGACCAAAGCGAAGAUCGCCAUGGAGGAGGGCAACCACUCAGAGGCCCUGCGCACCUUGCGCACGCUGAGCGCGGCCGACCUGCGGCAGUGCUCAGAGGCGGCGGUGUUGCUGGCGAACGCCUAUGAGGCGCAGAAGCAGCCCUACCCUGCGCAGGCGAUCUUCAACGAAGCACUGGCCGCCAUUGACAAGGCUCCUGGGAGAAGCGAGAAGAAGGCGCCGAAGGGGCCGAAGCUGGGUAGCAUCGGGGGCUCUACGUUCAAAGCCGGUGGAAGCGAAGCGGAGGCAGCGCAGUUCAGCUCCAAGCACAUCGCAGCGCAAUGUUGCAUCUUGACCCGACAACUGCAUUCGGAGCUUCAUCGCCUAUGGAAAUCUCAAGUGACCUCCAAGGAAUGGCUCAAUGAUAUGCAUUUGGCCUUUGACAAGCAUUUGCAGAUUGGGCAACAACUGUUGGCAGCGAGCUAUUUCCGACGUCACAUCUCUGAUACCAUGGAUUUCUUGGAGAUCAUGUGCAAGCUCCUCGAAUCGCGGGAAGUCGAAUCGAAUCGAGAUCCUCAGGGUGCUGCUGCCUUGAGCUACGCAGGGCUCGAAGAGUUUGCAAGUCGUAUGGAGCUAGUGAUUUCAGCCACUCAAGCAUCUAGAGACGCAGUACUUUCCUUGGGAAUUCCUGUCGAAGGCUUAGAGCAGGACGUGGCACUACCGGUGGAGGUUCUGGUGGCUCGCUUGGAUCUUUGGGAAGCUCGGGUAUUGGCAUUGAGACGCUGUAUCCAAGCAAAUGGAAAGUGGCAUCGAAAGGUGCAAAGGGAACGGCUGCGGCAUGGGGAUUUGAAGAACGGGCCUCUCUUUGUCGUGAGCUCCAACGAGGGCGGCUUCUUCGGAGGUUCGUUGAAUUCUUCGGAGGAGGGUGGCUUCGGCAUGGAUGAGGACCAGGUGGAACGAUGGCUUCAGCUGGUCGAGGAGCAGAUCUCCGAGGACCAGAAGAUGUCGAACUUCGCGCGCGACAUGGCCGAAGUCGAGGAUUCCCUGGCCAAGGUCUCCAACGCCGUCUCUGUCCUAGAACUUGGGGUGUGGGACUUGGAGCCACAUGCUGACAGGAAACCGAGAAUAAGAGUUGCUCUUGAAAGAGGUCUGAUCUCUUCCAACUUGUUCGUGCAUGUCACAACGAGAGUUCGGCAUUUAUGGAAUGAAUGCAAAAGACAGUAG